AUUUUUAUGGGAGGAAGACAAAGAAUCACGUCUUGCGGUUCCAUUUCAGGUGUUGGCGAGCUAAAAGUCAAGGCUCACUGCUGUGUUCUUUUACAUCAUCAAUCAUAAUCACCACCCUAGCUUCAGCUUCUCUUUCUUUUCUCUGUUUUGCUUUUCCAUUCUUCAAAACUUUUUUUUUGGCUUCUUUCGAUUCAUUCAUUCUGAAAGUUCUCUCAAGACCAAGAUGGCCUCAACACCUACUACUCGUUUCCUCUGCUCCCUAUUUUGUUGUUUUCCCACGCCGCGAUCUUCUUCUUUUGAUCCCUUGCCUUCAUGUAGCCUUUCAGAUACAUCUCCUGAAGAUCCCCAGAAUAGCAACGAUCCCCAAGAUAACAACCUCGUCUCACCCCUUACCCCCUCCCUUAUUACUAGCGAACAUUGCCCUGAAGAUUCCCAGAAUAACAACAAUUCUUCUGAUAACUACAAGAGAGCUGGACUUCUUGUUGCUUUCUUAUGUUCUGCCAUAGGUGAUUUAGAUUGGUUGAUGGAGCAAUAUCCUUUUGAUGAUUUUGAUUCUGAACCUCUUCAGACGCUGAGAUAUAGGCUGAGGACUCUUAAAAGUUUUAUUCUUUCUACCGAAACGUUUGAUGAUGAUGGAAGUCUGGGAUCUUUAUUGAUGAAAAUUGACAGUAAUACUCGUGGAGUAGCAGCGAGUAUUCGCCGUAUUUGUUUUCAUCGGAAUGGUACUCCGUACUCAGCGACAUGGCCGUUUACUAUGUCCUGGCGAAUUGCUGACUUACUGGAUAUGAUUCACCCUUCGUUCAGAGAUAUAGAUGAAUGGUACCUCACUAUGUUCCAUGAGGACAAGCUGCGCUUGGGUUCUUUUCCAGAUCUAGUCGUGGAAACCAUCAGUACCUUCUUGGACAGUCUGACGGAUUUUCACGCUCUCUGGCAUUGUCAGUCUGACUUCUACAAGGGAAUCGAAGCCAUGGGAGAGAAGAUGACAUUUUUAAGAGGUCUAAUCUAUUUUGCCAUACACAGAAAGCAACCAAUAAAAGAUUUGGUGUUGCACGCUGAAGCUGUUGUUACCCGUGCUGUAUAUCUACUUUUUAAUUGUAGAAAUGGCUGUAUGGUUGUUAUAGAGCCAAUGGGAAUGACGUUAGAGAUUUCAACAUUUGUCCAAAAGGUGAAGCUCAUUGAGGAUGUCCAUCAGAUUUAUGCUCAAACCCUACUUUGCUCCAAGUUUCCGGACCCAUCACUUCCUCCCACUCAUUACGAAUACAUGGAUGUUGGUUACUUAUCAGUUGCAAUGGUGGACAUCCUUGAUUAUAUCAUAUCUACGCUUUGGAAGCAGCUAGCACUGGAUACUUGUUGUGCGGCUCCUUUGAAGGAUCAACUGAGAGAGCUAUUUGAAGGGCUUAGAUCCUUAAGGAAAAUUCUCAAGCAGCACCUAGCCAUAUUUGAUGAUAUGGAAAACAAGGAAGAUGUUGUAGCAUUGGUAUGUGAUGCCGGAGUCAUGAUUUUCUCAUUCCAUCAGAAACAUGUAGAACAAAGCCAUGAGCUUCAAGAUUUGUUACAAAAAAUCAAGAUGAUUCUGUUAGAAUAUGGAGAGGAAGUUCUACAAGUGCCAUUAUUGGAUCUUCCGAAGACUAAUCAGUUGGGUUUUGUCGAUUUCAUAUUAGAAAAGCUGUCUGAGUUUACAAGUUAUGAAGUUGAACCAAUUGGCAAGACUUGUAUUCAAACUAUCCAAGAAGAACUUGUCUCCUUGAGAUUCUUUUUGGGGGAAAUUGAGGAGUUGCGCCAUACACAGCCAGAAGUCCAAGCUCUCUGGGACCGCAUUUUAGAGGUGGCAUGCAAGGUGGAGGACUUCAUUGACCAUCUAAUGGUUGGUGAUCUUUCAUAUUCCCCCUCAACAUCAUCAUUUGCUUUUAUCGUCAAAGCUAUUGAAGACAUUAAGGCAGAUGUGCUGAACGCUUACCCUAGCAAGGGGGGACGAGAAAUGGAAGUCAAGGAAGCAGCCAUGACUUGUUAUCAGAAGUCAUCACAAAGAACUACCUCAAUAGCACAUGAAGUUGUAGGUUUUGUCAAAGAAAGAUGCUCAAUUAUGGAUCGGCUCACUAGAGGGUCACAGCAACUGCGCAUCAUUACCAUUGUGGGUAUGCCAGGAGUAGGUAAGACCACUUUGGCGAGAAGCAUUUUCAAUGAUCCUUCUAUUGUGGACCAUUUUCCAGUUCGUGCAUGGUCUCCUGUCUCCCAAGAAGUGGAAAAAAGGAAAAUCUUACUUGAGCUAUUGAUUCAGAUUGAUCCUGACGACAGCAGUUAUCUGAAGAUGACUGAAGAUGAUUUAGCGGAAGUGUUGUGGCGGCAUUUGAAACGAAGGCGUUAUCUCAUCUUUUUAGAUGACGUAUGGGACAUCAAGGCAUGGGACAACCUGUAUCGAUCAUUCCCUGACGACUGCUAUGGAAGUAGAAUUAUUUUGACUAGUCGUCAUUUUGAUGUUGCGCCUCCUUCUAUGCUUGAUCAGGAACCUCUUAUUGUCAGCCCACUUGAUAAAGAAGACAGUUGGAAGUUAUUGCAGAGCAGGUUAUUCCCCCCAAAUGGUUGGACUCCUGCCUUACAUGAUCUUGGAACUCAAAUUGCUGAAAAAUGUAAGGGACUGCCUCUGACAAUUGUAAUUGUUGCUGGAAUUCUUGCAACUAUGGAGCCAGAGGGUUGGAACCAAGUGAUGGAUGCUUUAAGCACAGGCAUCGUAUCAAUUACAGAGCACUGUCAGAACACAUUGGAGCUAAGUUUCAGACAUUUACCUAACUAUUUAAAACCAUGCCUUCUAUACUUUGGUGCAUUUCAAGAAGAUGAAGAGGUUUCUGUCCGGAGGUUGCUUUGCUUGUGGAUAGCUGAAGGCUUUGCUCAGAAAGCUGAGACGAAGAGGGUACAAGAUGUUGCUGAAGACUACUUAAAUGCUUUAAUUGGCAGAAGCUUAGUUACAGUUUCCAAAAAGAGAUGGGAUGGUGGAGUCAAAGCGUGCCGGAUUCAUGACUUGAUUCAUGAGUUUUGCUUACAGAAGGCCAAAGAUGAACAGUUUCUUCAUAUCUUGAAGGGGCAAGAUCAACUUUUAGCAUUUAAUGAGCCGCGGAUCAGGAGGAUAUCCAUUUUCGGCGAGGCAAAGCAUGUCAAAGAGGCAAAGUUGUUUUGUCCCCGGACACGUUCUUUACUUAUCAACAUCAAGGACAAAAAUGAUGAGUACACAACACCACAGAUAAGUUUGUCAAUUUUUGUUCAUAUCUUUAAAGUUCUAAGAAUUUUGGAUUUACAGGGAAUUAGUGUCGGUUCUCAGUUUCCAAGGGAAUUAGAACUUCUUGUUCAGUUGGCCUUCCUAAGGGUCUAUGGCGAGAUGACAUACGUCCCGACAUGGAUAGAUAAGCUAUCAACUUUGGAAACUUUAAGUGUGGGUAUAUAUGGAAAAAUACUUUCAUUGCCAAGUAAUCUCUGGAAUCUACGGAAAUUAAAGUUUCUAGGCGCAAAGAUAUGUUGUGCUCGCAUCCCUUUGGAAAGUUUAGAAAGCUCACCUGUUUUAUAUGAGCUGGAUAGGUUUUCUUGUGCGGGCAUUCCUCUGGAGGCAAGCAUUGAAAAGUUGAUGAGGAAAUUUCCAGGUAUCCGCAGGUUUAAAUACACAGUUCUAGAAGAAGAGGAUGAUAAAAAAGAUCGUUACGAGAUUGUGGUUCCUGAGUUUCUAAAUCAGCUACAAUCACUUCAUGUUUCAAGCGAUCGUCUGUCAUCAUAUCUCCGCGUACAUGAGAUUUGUUUGCCCACCCAUCUGAAAAAAUUGGCACUGACCCAGUUUUAUUUGUCCUCGAAGAGUAUUUCAAUGAUUGGUAAACUGCCGAAUCUUGAAGUCCUCAAACUGAAUUACAUUGAGUUCGAAGGGAACGCAUGGGAAAUGGAAGAAGGGGAAUUUUUGAACCUUAAAAUGUUGAAGUUGUGUGGCUCGAAGCUUGUUGAGUGGAGAGGUUAUGAUGAUCAAUUCGCCCAGUUGCAGGUGUUGUUGUUGGAAGCGUGUAAAGAAUUGAAAGAGAUGCCGUCUUGUCUGGAGUCCAUUUCAACACUUGAAACGAUUGAGGUCACUGAUUGUCCGAAAACGGUAGAAAGUUUGGUGAGAGACAUUGAGGAAGAACAGGAAAAAAUUCGAGGAGAUUCAAGUCUAAGGGUCAUUAUUCGAAGCAGAAAUCUAGUUACUAUUGUACAUCAUUAGUAUUACUGUUUUCUCCUCUAUUUGUAAUUAUCUGAGAGUAAUUUUUUAUUUUUUUUUGGUUCCCGUUUUUUCCCCUUCUGCGCAAUACUGAGUGUAUUUUACAGAAAAUGGGAUAUGUCAUAUGUUGAGAUUAAUCCCAAAGCUAUCAUGUGACUUGGUG